AUGGAGGAGAGCGCAGUACUAGGCCCAACCGUGGUCGAGCAGGCAGGAAUCGCGGCGGACGAGGCAGAGGCGGAAGCCAGGCCCGUGACAGGCACCAAAGACCCGAGGCUCAGAACCCUGGGUCCGGGCCAGCCCCUGCUCCUUCCCGGCCCGCGCGGGGUGGCUCGAAUGAGCAAUCUCGAGGUGGCCGUGGAUCGAGAGGACACCGGAAUGCAAGACGUGAAGGUGUCGGUGCAGCAGGCCAGCGAACAACGUUCGGGGGUCAAAGAGCCUUCGGCGGGCAACUCACAACAGACCAGCCUGAGGAUGAUGACGUGA